GUUUUCUUUAACUCCUUCAUCAGGCACUUGAAAAGAUUAAAAAUAAUUAAAUUAGAAGAGUUUCUUGUCCUUAUUUUGUAAGAAUAUCAAAUAAGGAAGAAUUUCUCCAACAGAGGCCAACAAAUUGAAUCUUAUAAGACUUUUUCCACUGAAAAAUAAACAUUUUUUAUGCUAAAACAUUAAAAAUCCCAAAACACGUGUUGCUGUAGUUUAACAACAGAGAGCGCUGCGUUGUUUGUUUGCCUCGCAAUUUUCUUGAUUUUCCCAGGGAAAAUGAGUUUGCAGCAGAGAAGGAAACUCGUGGCCAGCAUCGAGGGAUGCCGACCAUCAAUCCACAAUGGCCAGCUGAUGGUAUCAACGGGAAAUUCAUCCCUUGAUCACAUUAUUGGGGGUGGCAUGCCCUUGGGAACGAUUCUCCUUAUAGAGGAGGACAAGUACAAUAGCUAUGCAAAGGUUCUCAGUCGAUAUUUCCUUGCUGAGGGUGCUUUCCGGCAACAUUCCCUCCUCUUGGCAACAGAAGAGGAUAACCCCGGAGAUUUUGUCCGGAAGCUACCGCAAGUGGUUGAGGAGGUGCCCGAGAAGGUAGCUAGUGUGGGUGGUGAGGAUGAAAUGCGAAUUGCAUGGCGCUACAAUGAUCUGCCUAGAGUAAGCCUGGAGCAGGGAGCAAAGCGUGAUUAUCAUUUUGAUCUUUCAAAAUCCAUGCCCGCUGAGGUGCUCAACGCCUGUGAUAUCACAUGUGAGGAAUGCAAUGGGGACUUUGACAUGCUCGAGCGGAAGAUUGCGCAGAAAUUGAAUGAGAAUUGCUUCAGAUUGUCCGCAGAGGGUGAGAAGAAAUUGCUGAGGAUUUGUAUAAAUUCCCUAGGAUCCCCCUUGUGGUGGACCAGUGGAUUUGAGGGGAAAAUUUUGCGUUUUAUGACACUCCUGAGGAGCCUCCUGCGGGAUACAACAGCAGUUGGCAUGGUUACAGUGCCAACACAUCUCUUCCGGUAUGUGAAUGAGAAUCUCCUGCCCCGGAUGAGGAACCUCGUGGACUAUGCAGUGGAGAUUGAAUCCUUCACUGGGGCUGAAGGUGAAACCAAUGCAAUGUACCGCGAAUACCAUGGGCUCAUUCACAUUCAUCGAAUAGCUGCAGUUGAUACCCUGGCACACUAUCGUCCGGAAACCUUUGAUUUGGCAUUCAAAUUGCGCCGGAAGAAGUUUGUCGUGGAGAAGCUUCAUCUUCCACCAGACAUUGCUGAGCUGAGCGACACACUCGUGCCACGUCCGGGAAUUUCCUGUGGCACCUCUGUUGUUCCCGGAGCGCGUGCCCUGGAUUUCUAAGCCAUAUACGGGAGGGGAAUGAUCUGACAAUAAAGAAGAGAUGCAUGUGUCGGAA